ACGGAUGAGUUUGAGCUCUUGUUAUUCCAAAAAAGAAAAAAAAAAUCUUCUUGGCGUUAUGUUCUGUUUUCACAACAUAAGGGAGAGGAAACAUGAAAAAAUUUAUAUUAUGAAUGUGCAGGGCAUUUGUAUGUGAAAAGCGAUGUGUUUGGGUUUGGUGUUGUGUUGCUGGAAAUGCUUACGGGGCUGAGGGCAAUGGACACCAAUCGUCCGAGCGCCCAGCUCAAUUUGGUUGAAUGGGCCAAACCUUCUCUGUCUCAAAAGAAAAAGCUAAAGAAAAUCAUGGAUCCCAGGCUUCAGGAUGCAUACCCUAUCACAGGUGCCAUGCAAAUAGCAGAAGUCAUUCUCAGAUGUCUCGAGAGCGAUCCCAAGAAUCGUCCUGCCAUGGAAGAAGUUCUUGGGACGCUACAAAGGGUCAGUGCCAUCAAGGUAAAGUCGAAGGAUACUGAUCAACCUUCUUCUGCAGCAUCAUCAUCAUCGUCACACCAAAAUCUCCGCGGCCAGACGCAUUCCAGACACACUGGUGCUGGCGCCGGGUCUCGAGUCCACCUACACCCAAGGACAGCAACCGCUAGAGCAUGUUGAUGGCUGUUGCGCAGGAGGAAAUAAUUGGCAGUUAGAGUGUAGGAUACAUGCACAACUCUUUGGAUCUUAAUUGUUUUAAUUAGAAUAAUUUCAGUACAAAUGAAAGAUUUGAACUAAUAACUUUUGGAGUAAAAAAUCACAUGAUAGUAAUUGGGGCAUAACAACAAGACUCAAUACAUUUUUUUUUUUUUU